AUACUUCUGUGAUCGGGCUGAAGUGAUUCUCUGCCCGAGUGUCGUGCUGGGACUCUAAAUCACCUGGGUGGCCGGUCUCAGCCGGUGGGGAGCCAGACCGGCCUACGCCUGAGAAUAAUUAUUACCAGCACGAGUGUGAAGGAGGACGAGCCAGUGGCCCUGGGACCUCAGGUGGUGGGUCGUUUUCACACUUUCUUUUGUACAGCACUGGGUGGUCUGCAGUGAUUCUUGUGGUGUGAUUUUCUUUUGGUUCCACGGCUGCUGGUAAGUCCAAGUUCCACGAUUGUUUAUUUUUACUGUAGGACACUGUCAAUAAUGACGCUACAUCUUGACUUUUAAUAUUUUAUUUAUAAAAUAUUAUUUAUAAUAUUUUAUUCAUUUUAUAAAUAAAACUGUUUUAAUAUUGGAAGCCAACCUGCCUCAGUGUGCAUCCUUGAAUCUGUGCGGUCUUCUUUUAUUCCUUUUCUUUAUUUUUCUUAAAUAUAUUUCCUGGGGGUGUAAUUCCCCUAGGUGGCGUUGUCAAGUUUAUUUAUUUUGUUCAUAACCCCGCCGACCACUUGGUCACAUACUUGGCGUUGGUCGACAGGAUGCACAUUUGAGGUAGAUGUUCGGUUUUGUAAAUUGUUUUUUUUGCAACGAUCCUAGUUCACCUGUUUGAAGGCUCUAUUUGUUUUAGAGUGUGAUUAUAGACAAGACAGCAGUAUCCAGGUAGAAGGAAGAGUAGUAGGAUUUUAGCACCUUGCUGAUUUAAUUUUCUUUUUUUUGGGUCAAAAUUUAUUAUGGAGGAAGAAUUGCAGCAACUUAGAGACUUGGUAGCGCAGUUAAGGGCAGAUAAUGAGCAAUUGCGCCGGGAUGGGGGCGCUGUGCUCGAGUCUGGUGGUGGGGCCGCGUCGUCCUCUUCUGUACCAGCUGGUUGCAUACCAAAUGUUGGUAGCCAGGCCGCCGUUACAGAGCGUCUGGUGGUGGUGCCUAGGGACCGUAAAUGUCCCAUGUUCAAUGGUAGAACGGGCAUCAAUAUAGCUGAAUGGGUUGAAGAGGUUCAAGCAUGCAUGCGUGCCCGGCACCUGUCUGUUGCUGAUCAAGCUUUCUUUAUUUUUGACCAUUUAGAGGGAGAAGCAAGGGAGGAGAUCAAAUUUCGCCCUAAUUUAGAGCGAGGGGAUCCUGCUCGGGUGUUGACCAUUUUAAAGGAACUGUAUGGCAAUGCGCAGUCCUAUGUCACUCUGCAGCAGGCUUUUUUUUCGAGGAGACAGCGGGAGGGAGAGACUUUGCAGGAGUUUUCCUUAGCGCUAAUGGCUCUGAUGGAGCAAGUAAAACAAAGUGCACCUGAUGGUAUGCGUAACGCAGAGGUGUUGCUCCGAGACCAAUUUGUAGAACAUGUGGUUGAUAGUGGUCUCCGCAGAGAGCUUAAACAAUACGUUCGCCGUGUGCCUACUGCCACCUUGUUAGAGGUGCGCGGGGAAGCAAUUAGAUGGGAAAGAGAAGGGUUUUCAGGCGGUGUUCGCGACCGUGGCUAUUCUCAACCAUCGGCAUAUGGUUUUCAGUGCGGAGUGCACACUAGCCCUAGGUUCGCUCCUGUUGGUACACCCGAGUCCGAGUGGCGUGAGCUAAAGGAACUCCUAAGCCAACAAGGCGUUAGGAAUCAGCCACUGAGCCAAGUGUCUUCUGUGUACAGAACACCCGAGACAGUGUUCUAG